AUGGCACCUAUUUCGCAAUUGAACUUCAUAAGUCUGGGAAGGAUGGGUUUUGUAAGCCAGCUAACCGCUCAUUAUGCAGCGCUGUAUUUUAGCUAUCAAUGAAACUAAUUUCAUUGAAGCCCGUCAAUCCCUUCUAGAACUGUGGCCAUUUUACUGUCACCGUGGGUGUGAAGGGAAAUGAGUUGGUGUCCUUUGGACACGAUAAUCCAGUAGCGAUGCAGUGGAUAAAUCUCAAAUUCUUAGAAAACUUUCUCGUGUUAUUGGACAUUAAUGCCCAAAAGUUUCAUGCACAAACUGCGUACUGAUGGAAAAUGACAUGGAUCUGACCAUCGUGUCGAUGAUUCUGAAGAUAAUGCUGAGGAUUCGAAAACAUCCAAAGAUGUCAAUAUUCGAGCCAAUGAACCCAUUUUUUCUGCAAAGAAAGACCACUAGCUGAACUCUAGAUCCGUGCAAAAACAUGAAGAAUUAGUCAUGUGUUUGGUAAAAAUCAACAUAAUAUGGGGUAGGCAGUCUGUAGUUAGGUUCAAGAGCUCAAUGCAAAACAUAGAUUCUGUUCAUCAUAAUUCUCCUUGUACUUUAAGCAAUCGAGCUGAAAUUGUGUCUCUGAUCUACAUGCUUGACGGACUAUAUGCACACACAUUUUCAGGUCUUCAGCAUCUAUUGUGGCUGAGAUCCUCUAGGGGGAGACUUUUGUCGUCUACUGUAUUUGUGGACUCUGUCGAAAUCUAUAACACUUGAAAUUCAGUAGAAUCUGCAAUCUGUCGAUUAUUUUUCUAUAAACCAUACCAAGAGUUAGGAUAUAGAAUCUUCAUUGAAACUAUAUUUUGACGAAAGAAAACUUGAAAUUUUUCAUGAUAACCAAAGGAGAUCGCAUGGAACUGAAUUUUACUAUCUCAUUUGAAGUUCUGUUACAUAAAUAAGGGUUGUUGUGAUUGCUAUUUCAGAAGUGAAAAUCAAAAAAACACAAACAAUAAUGACCAACAACGAUAAGAAAAUAGCUUCAGUUGGGGGAUCGAUCGUGCCUGAUGGUGGAUGGGGAUGGUUCAUUGUCUUCUCAUCAUUCAUGAUCCAUUUUUUUAUGGAUGGGUAAGCGAUUUUUUUUCUCAUAUCUUCUCUAGCUUUAUUUAAAUAAAAUAGGAUAACAUAUUCGAUGGGUCAAGUGUUCUUAGAACCCAUGAUGAAGGAACUUUCUCUCAAUCGAGCUUUGGUGUCAAGUAUAUUCGGUAUUUUACCAGCUGUCACACUCGGCGCAGGUUAGCUAUUAUUAUUCUGAAUUGAACAUUAUUUUUUAACAAAUAUGUUUUAUGUUUUAGGGCCAAUCGCAACCGUUUUCACUAAUAUGUACGGUUGCCGUAGAGUGGCUAUAGCAGGAACUUGCAUCGCCUCUUUUGGUUUUUUUCUCAGUCGACUAUGGGUCAAUAUAUGGUUUUAUUAUAUUACAAUUGGUGUGAUCGGAGGUAUGCUCUUUCAUUGAUAGAAUCCUGCAGUAUAGUUAGUUUGACUGAAAUCUUUUGAGCAAUGCUUUCGUUGUCAAGAAAAAAAAAUAGCCUAUGGAAAUAUGAAAAAUUAUGUUGGUUGCAUCUAUAUAUUAAACAUUUUUUUCUUCACUUCAUUCAUAUGUUGAUGUUUUUAGGCAUUGGUUUUGCAUUAAUGUAUUUACCAGCCAUUGUCUCUGUUGGAUUGUAUUUCGAACGAAAACGUGCAUUUGCCAUGGGCAUCGCUGUAAACCGACUUUUCUUCUUCAUUUUGACAGUGAUCAUUUCUGGUGUUGCUACCAUAAUGGCUCCAUUAUGUGGCUCGUCUGUUAUUCCUCAUAUAGGUUAUGCGUCCUUUUUUGGCUUCUUUUCAGGUGGUUACGUUACUUUAACAGCGAUUGUUCUUGUUGAUAUAGUUGGCAUUAAUAAAUUAUCGGACGCAUUCGGUGUUCUUUUACUUUUUAUUGGUGUUGCAACUGCUAUUGGAACACCAGUUGUUGGGGCAAUGCGUGAUACAUUUUCUCAUUUUGCUCGACCUUUUCUCUGGCCUUAUAUUAUUUGUGGUGGUUGUACUGUUCUCAGCGGUGUCAUACUAUUUGCUAUUCCUUUCUUGCAACGAAAGAAGUUAAAUGACAAUCAAAUAGAGACGGAUGUUGAUACUAUCCACUUUGAAAAAGAUUUAUUGUCUCAAGAACAACAGCAAAAAAUCUAA